GGCUGUCAGUAUUGAACUUCCGGAUUCGUUCUUAAACCUUGCCUCUCCCCAAAGUUAAGCGGUUGUCUUGCUCAGCGCUGGGUUUGGAUCUCUGGCAUGGAGGAUAUGUUGUCAUUCUGGGAUGUGGCUAUAUAUUUCUCUGCAGAGGAAUGGGAAUGCCUGAAUCCUGUUCAGUGGAAAUUGUACAGGGAUGUGAUGCUGGAGAAUUACAAAAACCUUGUAUUUCUGGGUCUUGCUUCCACUAAGCCAUACCUGGUCACAUUUCUGGAACAAAUACAAGAGCCUUUAGAUGUGAAGAGACAAGUGGCCAUCACUGUGCACCCAGAGGGAAAAUGCUAUACAUGCAAAGAAUGUGGCAAAGGCUUUGAGCACAAAAAAGUAUAUCAGAAUCACCGAAGAAUUCAUUUAAGAGUGAAGCCCUACAAGUGUGAAGAAUGUGGCAAGUCCUUCUGUUUUCCAUCAUUGCUUUCUGCACACAAAAGAAAUCAUACAGGACAAAAACCCUACAACUGUGAAAUAUGUAAUAAAGCCUUCCAUGCUCCUUCAUUGCUUUCUGUACACAAGAGAAUUCAUAGAGUACAGGAACACUACAAGUCUGAAGAUUGUGGCAAGGCCUUUCAUUAUCCAUCAUUACCUUCUCAAUGCAAGAUAGUUCUUACAGGAGAAAAACCCUACCAGUGUGAAGACUUAGGCAAGGCCUUCCGUUAUCCAUCAAGACUUUCCAACCAUAAGAAAAUUCAUACAGGAGAGAAACCACACAAGUGUGAAGUAUGUUGCAAGGCCUUCGAUUAUCCAUCAAGACUUUUCAACCAUAUGAGAAUUCAUACAGGAGAGAAACCCUACAAAUGUGAAGUAUGUGGCAAAGCCUUCCAUGAUCCAUCAAAACUCUCUCAACACAAAAUAAUUCAUACAGGAGAAAAACCUUACAAAUGUGAAGUUUGUGGCAAGACCUUCCAUUAUCCAUCCAUACUUUCUAAACAUAAGAUAAUUCAUACAAAAGAGAAUCUCUGCAAGUGUGAUAUAUGUGGCAAGGCUUUCCAUUAUCCAUUAUUACUUUCUCAACACAAAAUCGUUCAUACAGGAGAAAAACCCUACAAAUGUGAAGACUGUGGCAAGGCCUUCUAUUAUCCAUCAAGACUUUCCAGACAUAAGAAAAUACAUACAGGAGAAAAACCAUACAAGUGUGAAGUAUGUGGCAAGGCCUUCCAUUAUCCAUCCAUACUUUCUAAACACAAGAUAGUUCAUACAGAAGAAAAUCCCUACAAGUGUGAAGUAUGUGGCAAGGCCUUUGAUUAUCCAUCAAGGCUUUCCAACCAUAAGAAAAUUCAUACAGAAGAGAAACCAUACAAGUGUGAAGUAUGUGGAAAUGCCUUCUGUUUUUCAUCAUCACUUCGUAAACACAAGAUAAUUCACACAGGAGAGAAACCCUACAAGUGUGAUGUAUGUGGCAAGGCCUUUGGUUCUCCAUCAAGACUUUCCAAACAUAACAAAAUUCAUACAGAAGAGAAACCAUACAAGUGUGAAGUAUGUGAAAAGGCCUUCCACUUUCCAUCAUUACUCUUAGUACACAAGAGAAUUCAUACUGGAGAAAAACCUUACAAGUGUGAAGUAUGUGGCAAGGCCUUCCAUUGUCCAUCUACACUUUCUGUACACAAGAAAAUUCAUUCUGGAGAAAAUGUUUACAAAUGUGAAGAAUGUGGCAAGGCCUUCCAUUGCCCAUCAACACUGUCAGUGCACAAGAGAAUUCAUACUCAAGAAAAACCUUACAAGUGUGAAGUAUGUGGCCAGGCAUUCCAUGGUUCAUCAAAACUUUCUCAUCACAAGAGAAUUCAUUCAGGAGAAAAACCCCACAAAUGUGAAAUUUGUGGCAAGGCAUUCUAUUAUCCAUCAAGACUUUCCAAACAUAAGGUAAUUCAUACAGGAGAAAAACCCUACCAUAGUCAAGCAUGUGGAAAGACCCUCGAUUAUCCAUCAAGACAUUCCAAAGCAAAGAAAAUUAAGACAGGAGAGAAACCAAACAAAUGUGAAACAUGUGGAAAAGCCUUCUCCUUUCCAUCAUUACUUUCUAUACACAAGAGAAUUCAUACUGGAGAAAAACCCUAUAAUUGUGAAGUAUGUGGCAAGGGCUUCCAUAAUCCAUCAAGACUUUCAAACCAUAAGAAAAUUCAUACAGGAGAAAAACCAUACAAGUGUGAAAUUUGUGCCAAGGCCUUUGUUUAUCCAUCUUUACUUUCUAAGCACAAGAUCAUUCAUACAGGAGAGAAUUCCUACCACAGUGAAGUAUGUGGGAAGGCCUUCAGUUAUUCAUCAAGAAUUUCCAAAGAUAAGAAAAUUUGUACUGGAGAGAAACCAUAAAUGUGCAGAGUAUGUGGAAACACCUUCCAUUUUUCAUCAUUACUUUCUAACCACAAGAGAACUCAUACAGUAGAAAAAUCCUACAAAUGUGAAGAAUGUGGCAAGGCCUUCAAUUAUCCAUUAAUACUUUCCAACCAUAAGGAAAUUCACUAUAGGAGAGAGAGCAUACUGGUGAGAAGAAUGUACAAAAGCCUUCCAUUUUCAAGUAUCACUUUCUAAACACAAGAGAAUUCAAUACAAUAGAGAAGCUCUACAAGUAUGAAGCAUGUGGCCUGGCCUUCUAUUGGCCAUAAUUACCUUCUCAACAUAAGAGAUUCCAUUUCAGAUGUGAACCCCUACAAUUGUAAAGUACAAGUCCUGUCCUUUAGAACUUCCCAGAUUCUUUCUACUCAUUUCAUAGCCCAUUCUGGAGAGAAACAUUACACAUGUGAGUAAUGUGGAAAAGUUUGCUCUAUGAAGUCAUACUUAUGUCUUCCCAAAUUAACUCACAAUGUGGAGAACAUAUACUAAUGCAAAGAAUAUGAGAAAAGGCUCAACAAAAACUUUAGGUGUCAUCAAAGUAUUUCUUCUGGAGAACAAAAAAACAUAUGAAUGUAAAGAAUGUGGCAAAUAGUUUAGAAGUCCCAUUUCAUGACCAAACAUGGGAUAAUUAUUACUGGAGACAAACAUUACAAAUGUGAAGGAUAUUGAAAAACCUAUUACCAGUAUUAUUAUCUUAAACAACACUAAAGAAUUCAUCUGUCAAAGAAACCAUACAAAUGUGAAGAAUGUGCCAAGGUCUUCUAGACUUGCUAAGUACUUUUGAAUCAACUCACAAUUCAUACAACACUGAAAUGCCACCUGUGAAAAAUGUUGCAAACCCUUUAAUAAGCUUUCUUAUAUUUCUCAACAUAAAGUAGUUCAAUCUGGAGUGAAGAAGUACAAAUGUUAAAAUGUUAAAAAAAAAAAAAAAAGUUAGUACUUCUUGAGACCCUAAAGUUUAUCAAAAGCUUCAUGCUGAGUAGAAGCCUAUAAGUUUGGGGAAUGUGGUAAAGCCUUUGGAACAAUCAUGUCAUACAAAGCAUUCAUACAAUCAUGUCAGAUGUGGAGCUGUUAGAAUCUGUUUGUUCUUGAAGAGUUGGAGCUGAUAGACCUUGCUGUCUUUUGUUUCUUCUGUCUUAGAAAUUGAAUGUUUGUUCUGUGCCAAUGUGUGGUAAAAAUAGUGACUUGGUUUUCCAUUGUAGGAGUGCACAGUCAAGAGAUUGCCCUCAGUCUCACAUGACACAUGGACUGUGGGCUUUCAUAGUGUUGAAAUUAUUAAAUACUUUGUGAACCUUUCAAGUUGUAGCCUAUUUUACUUAUGAGAUGAAAGUAAGGUUGGGGAAAGGGAAGGGAUGUUAUGAUUUAAAGCUUUUUGUACAGAGCUUGCAUGUUGAUUUUGGGAACAAACUGAAUUGCUAACAAGACCCACACCCACUUUAGGGUUCCCAGUACCAACAAAAUAGAAAGAGGUAAUAACCUCUGAAGGUUGUGCUCUGGGCUGCCACACACAACCAUACAUAUGUGUGCCCACACAAAAUAAACUUAAACUAUGCUUUUACAUUUAGUUUGUUUUUUAUGUAGACAGGGGUCAAGAGGUAGUGCUUACAUCUCAG